AUGCAGCCCCCUGCAAAGAUUCAACGUCUGGGCUCCUUUGGAGUAUCUGCUGCAGCAGCAACAGCAACAGCAGCAGCAGCACAAGCACCAGCACCAUCAGGACCAGCAGCAUCAGCAGGAACAACCACAACAGCAGCAGCAGCAGGAACAACUUGUGUCUCUUUUUCUGUACCAUCCUUACCAGGUGUAAAUGGAUCUCCUUCUCCUCUACGUAUGAACAGCAGCAGCAGCAGCAUCAGCAUUAACAGCAGCAACAGCAGCAGCAGCAGCAACAGCAGCAGCAGCAGCAGCAGCAACAACAACAACAAUGGCAUAGUGGAUAAUUCUUCAUCUUCUGUACUUGCUGCAGUACUUGGUGAAGACCCAUCAACAACAGCAGCAACAACAGCAGCAGCACCAGCAGCAGCAACAACAACAGCAGCAGCAGCAGCCCCAGCAGCAGCACCAGCAGCAGCAGCAACAGCAACAGGAGGUUAUAGUAUACCGAUGGUAUCUUCUUCUCCUGGUAUGUUAAGUAGAGCAUUUACGAUGCCAGCAAUGCCGGUAUCAGCAGCAGCAGCAGCAGCAGCAACAGCAGCAGCAGCAGCAGCAGCAGGAGGAGGAGGAGUAAGACCAGGACAAAUAAGGAAUAAGCCACGAUUUAGUUUAUAUGCAUCAUCUAAGCGUGUAUUAUGUUGUCCCUUUUGUACCCCAAAUGCUGACAACAACAGCAGCAGCAACAGCAGCAGCAACAGCAGCAGCAGCAGCAGCAGCAGCAGCAGCACAAUAGUAUUUGAUAGCAGCAGCGGAGACCAAUUAUGCAGGGAAUGUGGGUACGUAAUAGAGGAGAGAGUACUUAAUGAGGAGCAGGAGUGGAGGUCAUUUAGUAGCGAUUUAACAACAACAGGAGGGAGCAGCAGCAGCAGCAGCAGCAGCAGCAGCAAAGGAGACAGAAAUAGAAUUGGAGACACAUUAGAUGCAUGGCUUACUGAUGGAGGUAUAGGGACAUCUAUGAUGCUGGGAUCGGGAUCGUCUUCUAGGGGGCUGGGAUCGGGGAGACGACUACAGAUGCUGCAUGAGGCUACAACGAAUUCUGCUGCUGCUGCUGCACCACCACCAUCUAUAAAUACAUCUUCUUCUUCUUCAUCAUCUGCUGCUGCUGCUGCUGCUGCUGCUGCUGCUGCUGAUGGAGGUAUUGUUAAUAAGGAUAGACAACUCAAGGCUGCAUUCUCUUAUCUACGUCUUAUUGCUGAGGCUUUUUGUCUUAGGGAUUAUAUACUAGAGAGAGCUAAAGAAAUUGCUAAGGAAUUACUU